AUGGCCAUGGCUGUCACCAUGGCCAUAUUUUUGGCACUUUGCAUAGCCUUUGUUGCCUUUUCAGACCGCGUAGUAGUGACAGCCAUUGGAAUAAACUAUGGCACGCAUGCAUCGCAUACCCUCCCUAUUGACAUCAUAGUAAAGCUUUGUCAAGACAAUAUGUUCCACAAGGUUAAACUCUUUGACGCUAACCCUAAAACUAUCGAGGCAUUUGUUAGCUCCAACAUUGAGCUCACCAUUGCCAUUCGUAACACAGAUCUAGAAAGGAUUGCCGGUAGCUAUAGCGAAGCUUUAACUUGGGUGCAUGUCCAUGUUAACAGUUACGCUGUCCAUGGAGGUGUAAAUAUCAAGUAUGUGGCGGUUGGAAACGAACCAUUCUCAAAGAGAUACAAUGGCAUCUAUUUAAACAGUACUCUGCCGGCAAUAAAGAACAUUCAAAAAGCUCUUACAGAAUCCGGCAAGGAACACAUCAAAGUAAUAACACCUCUAAACUCCGAUAUCUACCAAGGAAAUGUCCCAUCCGCAGGUAACUUCCGAUCCGACAUAAAACCUCAAAUAAUCGAACUAAUAAAAUUCCUACAAUCCGUCAAUUCUCCCUUCUUUAUCAACAUUUCCCCUUUCAAUUCCUACCACCGGGGAGAAAUCUCAAUCGAUUACGCUAUGCUAGACGGCAACAGCAACGUUACCAAUUCCUCCUCAAGCCUCAACGACAAAGGCAUGAUUUACGAAAACGCACUCGACGCAAGUUUAGACACACUAAUCUCGUCAAUCAAAAACGCUACUCUUCCCACAACAAUGGAUAUAAUUGUAGGAGGAAUCGGAUGGCCAACUGACGGCGAUCAAAUGGCAAAUUCAUAUCUAGCCAAACGAUUCUACGACGGUUUAAUCAAGAAAGCGGCGACCAAAAAGGGGACGCCGCUCGGAUUAAUUCCGUUGGAAUAUUACGGAUUUAGUCUCAUAGACGAGAAUUUUCGAACCAUCGAAACGGGUAAUUUCGAACGGCAUUGGGGUGUUUUUACUUUUGACGGACAACCGAAAUUUGAAACCAAAUUUUUUGGGAAUAGUUUGUUGGUUGAAGCUAAGGGAGUGAAGUAUUUGAGUCCUUCGUUUUGCAUGAUGAAUCCAAAUGUGAAUGAUUAUUCGCUUUUGGCUGAUAAUUUGGUGUUUGCGUGUGAAUUUGCGGAUUGUACGCAGUUGAAUUACGGAGGCUCUUGUAAUAAUUAUGAUGAGAUUGGAAAUGCGACUUAUGUGUUUAAUAUGUAUUAUCAAAUGCAUGGUCAAGAUCCGGAUGCUUGUAUCUUUAAUGGGCUUGGAACCAUUACUUUAGUUGAUCCGACUUCGGAGGAGACUUGUCCGCUUAUGUUGCAGAUUGUUUCUAGUGCUGACCGGAGAAUGAUUAUUAGAUCGGUUGUUUUGGGGGUUUUAGUAUUUGUGGUGGAAUUGUUAUUUUGA